AUCUUGAUCGUUUUGGAGGAACAGGAACAGGAGUGGCUGAAGGAAGCAGGCAGCAAGCGUCUCGGAGAAAAGGUUGACCUGGCGUCGCUUGGCGAGAAUGUCUUUCUUAAACAAUUCCGCUUCACCUACUCCGAAGUCGAGAAAUUGGUUGAUUUCUUGCAAUUACCUGAUGACGUUCGAUGCCCAGACACAGGCGUCAAGGAGGAUUCUUUGACAGCGCU